UGAUACGUUAUAUUUAACAGUAAAGUAAUUAGUGGACGCACUCGAAAUUUAUUCAAAACUUAUCACUUGUCCUUCGGCAUUUUCGGGUCAAUGCAUAUUCAGCAUAUUGCUAAAUCGCAUUAGAUUCUGACAUUAUUUUAUACAAUAUACAUCCCAUAGCUAUGCACAGGCCUUUUUCCUAUAUUUUAAAUAGGAAAAGUUUGUUUGCAAUGGCCUAUUUUCAGUUAAUGAGGAUUACAGGAUUUCCCUGCACCUAUUUUUUUUCUUAAAACCCAUAUUUUUAUGAAGUUUCCGAAACUUUUUGUAAAAAUUGACGCGGCCAUAUUUUUUCCACUUUUUAUUCCCGCCAUAUUUACAAGCGCAUUCGCUGAUAACGCAAAGCAAAGGCAACCAGCGAUUCUGCCAAGAUUAAUAAAUCCGCUCUGAACCGAGUACCUAACGUGAUUUUAAAUCGAGUUUGUUUAUCAUCGUUUACCGUUAGUGAGGCAAGCCAGCUCAUUCUUCAAUAACAGUGCAACAAUGACAGUCGUAUUCGGCCAUGUACUGGCUUUUUCCUUAAUAUUUAAUUUAAUUUGUUUUAUCAAAAGCGAAUGCGUCCUAAAAAUAAACGAAGAUUUGGCGAAAAUAGGACCAGUUUACAUUCGGGACAAUGAUUACAUGGACCCAAACAACGCCGAUGGCACGAUCACAUUUGACAAGGCUGACACCGUGACAGUUGCUUGCCCCGGGACCAACCGAUGGGUUGUUUUGGGCAAAGAUACUACAAGCUCCGAUGUCCUGGAGGCCGCCUGCGUCACCGGUAACACAUUUCGAGUGGAUGGCAAAGUCCUGCCGUUUGAGGACAUAUCCUGCAAUAGUCAGCCUUACUUCACAGCCGAGGAGACCAGAGAAAAAUGCCAUGGUCAGGGGAUUAAGUAUAGGGUUGGGUAUAAAGUCAGGAACACAUUUUACGAACUGUACGAGGCGUGUUUCGACAAGUACCGUCUACACACUCACUACGUUGAACACCCGCUGACUCCGAUGAGUAGGUUCAUGCAGACUGGGCUGAAACGACCGGCUUUCAUCGAAGGAAACUUGUUCGGUAAAGUAAAAAUGAACCAGCUUUACAAAAUGACUCAUCAGAAAACGCAGUUGGACGCCAUCUUGGGACCCGGGAUGGGAGAAGAAUAUAUUACUCAUAAGCAGUUCCUGACCCGCGGUCACCUCGCAGCGCGCGCAGACUACACAACAAGCGCGGAGACGCGAGGGACCUUCCAUUACGUGAACACGGCGCCGCAGUGGAUGAGAGGGAACGCGGGAGACUGGGCCGCGUUGGAGGAGGCAUUAAGACGACGAGUCCAAUCUCGGGGGUCAGAUGUCCUGGUGGUGACAGGAACGCAUGGAGUCAUGACCCUCCCUGACUCCAAGGGACGCAUGCAGGAAGUGUACCUCAGCGAAGAUGUGAACAAUAAUCUUAUCGUGCCUGUACCCAUGUACUUCUAUAAGCUCGUCUACGAUACAAAGGACAAGACAGCAGCCGCAUUCAUCUCAAUCAACUCAUCUUUUUACAAUGCAACCACAAUCAACAGACUGGCAUUCUGCGAAGACACCUGCGACGGAAACCCACAAUAUUCUUGGUUAAAAUGGCGGUCCAAUGACGGAACAUUCAGUUUUUGCUGUGAUUAUCAUGAUUUUAUACAAGAAAUCGACUAUUUACCUAAAAGGGAAGUUAGAGGAAGAUUUUUUUAAGACUUUACUGGCAAAUGGUGAAGG